CCGUGGAUGUAGCUCCGUACAUAUUCAUUAGCUUAAAUGAAUUUUUUUUAAUGUAUAAAUAAUUUAAUAUUGGUGACCUUCGAGUGACGGCUAUUUCCUAUCAAAACUCAAAACUCAAAACUCAAAACUAACCCCGACUCCCCGCGCCCCGGUCGUUGAAAAUAUUCGGAGCAAAAUAAAUCAGCAAAAAACAGUAGGGAAAUGGAAGACGGAGAGAAGAAGAAGAGCUUCGUAAUACAGAUACCUUCCUAUGAAGAAGUAAUGGAGAGUUCUCAGUCCAAAACGACGUCGUUAUUCCCCUCCUCAUCCUCCUCUCUCGUAAACCCUACCCCUUCUUCUUUCUCUCAAGCCUUCAAAUUCGUCAAAGAAUCCGAAUUCUACUCUCCUCCUCCUCCCACUUCUCAUCCUUCUUCCAGACCGGUUAAUAGUUCAGAUGUUACAGCUUCACCAUCAUCGUCUGCACCUUCAUCUUCAACUAAUCGAAAUGCUAUACUCGUUAGCAAUAGACAGAAGGGCAAUCCGUUGCUAAAACAUAUCAGGAAUGUGAGGUGGGCCUUUGCAGAUAUUGUUUGUGACUACUUAUUGGGUCCGAACACUUGUGCUCUUUAUUUAAGUCUCCGGUAUCAUCUGCUUCAUCCAGACUACUUGUAUUUUCGGAUAAGGGAAUUGCAGAAGAACUUUAGACUCCGCAUAGUUUUGUGCCAUGUUGACGUUGAAGAUGUUGUCAAACCUUUACUUGAAGUUACCAGAACUUCUCUCCUUCAUGAUUGCACUCUGUUAUGUGGUUGGAGUUUAGAAGAAUGCGGAAGGUACUUGGAGACGGUAAAGGUUUAUGAAAAUAAGCCUGCUGAUCUCAUUCAGGGUCAAAUGGAUGGAGACUACCUAUCACGGCUGAAUCAUGCUCUGACCGCAAUACGACAUGUAAACAAAACAGAUGUCGUGACUCUUGGCUCAACAUUUGGGUCUCUUUCACAUGUGAUGGACGCAUCUAUGGAGGAUCUUGCUCGUUGUCCUGGCAUAGGAGAGCGCAAGGUGAAACGCCUGUAUGACGCUUUUCAUGAACCUUUCAAGCGAGAAGUGCCAAAACGCCAAUGCAUUCCAGAAACUUCAGUCGCUAAUGAACCUCAUCCUGGAUCCAGCAGCGGAAAGGAAGAUGAGAAGGAAAUUGGAGAUGCAAGCAAUUGUGAGAAGAAAGAACCCGAAGUAACUGUCAAGUCGGCACUUUCCGCUGCUUUUGCUAAAUAUCCGCACAAAGUUGCCAGAAUGAAGAACAAAUCACAAGAAAAGGAAGAUGGGAAAUCCAGUGCUAACGAAGAAGCUAAUCCUGGAGAUAUGAAUGAUGACAGCAAGGAGGGCUGAAUCUUGGACUAUACCUUGUGCAUCACCCCAAAGGAUGUUUGUCACUGCUCGUCGGGGCUCCAGUUGGCUUAAGGCUCUCAAGCCAAGGAGAAAAUUAUUGGACUUCGAUGAGUUUGGUCUCAUUAUUUUAGUCUAAAUUGGUCCAAGUAAAAUUUGAAUUUAUGUUACGACCCAAUGAGAAGUUGGAAGCAAGUUCACUUCGACUAGAUAGAUGUGGUGUUUAGAAAAAAAUAUCAAGAAGCCAUAGCAUAACUCGCUUAGGACAUGCUCAAAUCAUUAUCCAAUACUAAUCUCUCUCUUACAAAUAGCAAUGCUUUAAUUAGAAGAAGUACUUUUCGAUUUGAAACAACGAGGUGCUCACUUUAUACUUUCA